GUUACUUCAAGCUUCAGAUGGACCGCGGAAUCAUGGAACUUCUUCCCCUGGACGCAAGAAUAUAUGGAACUCUCACUGCUCUUUUCAUUGCCGGCUUCGCCUUUAUUUUGCUACGAAAAGAUCCAGAGCAAGCAGUCGACUUUUCCGUACCGGUGCCCGAGCCCUGUUUGCCCGGUUGGCGCGGAAAGGGGCUCGAGGAUCCAUCUAUCAAGGUGCCGGGCUCGACUGCAAUACAAUGCUACGCACCGGCUACAGGGCAAUAUCUGGGUCUCAUCAAUCCUUCUUCUCCCGAUCGAAUCGACCGCAUUGUGUCUCGAGCAGCCCAGGCACAAACGUCGUGGAGUCAGACCACUUUUGCUCAGCGGCGGCAAGUCUUGAAGACUCUCCUGAAGUUCUUACUGGAUAAUCAGGAGCCUAUCAUUCGCGCUGCAUGUCUGGAUAGUGGCAAAACUCGCGUCGACGCGUUGUUUGGCGAAGUGCUCGUCACUGCGGAAAAGCUCAAAUGGACGAUUGAUCAUGGAGAGAAGACGCUCCGGCCAGACCGCCGACCGACGAAUUUUCUCAUGUUUUACAAGAAGAACGAAAUUCGCUACGAGCCUUUGGGUGUGGUUGCGGCUUGCGUCAGCUGGAAUUACCCUUUCCAUAACCUGCUUGGCCCGAUCAUUAGCGCGCUGUUUGCAGGCAACGCGAUCGUCGUCAAGGGCAGCGAGCAGACUGCGUGGUCGUCCCGAUACUUUAUCGACAUUGUUCGAGGUGCGCUUGCAGCCUGUGGUCAUGAUCCCGACGUCGCACACGCCAUCUCCUGCUGGCCACAGACUGCCGACUACUUCACCUCGCAUCGUGGAAUCGCUCACCUCACCUUCAUUGGCAGUAGACCUAUCGCACACCAAGUCGCGAAGAGCGCAUCCAAGACCUUGAUUCCGCUGUGCAUCGAACUGGGCGGCAAAGACCCCGCAAUCAUUCUCGAUCAUCCGGAUGGACAGACCAUGUCGAGCGGAGAGAUUGCCAGAAUCGCAAGCAUCCUCAUGCGUGGAGUCUUUCAGUCCGGAGGACAGAAUUGCGUGGGCAUCGAACGUAUCAUCGCCAUGCCGGGGGCGUAUGCGACACUCGUCACUCUGCUCGAGCCACGUAUCCGCGCAUUGCGAGUGGGGAGCGACCUCGACACCAAUCGCAGCAGCGAAGCAGAUCAAAACGAAGCCAUCGACGUCGGCGCAACCAUUUCGCCCGCAUCCUUUGAUCGCCUCGAGCAACUCAUCACGGAAGCCCGAGCGCAGGGUGCACGACUCCUGGUAGGCGGCCACCGACACCACUGCGAACAAUUCCCCCACGGCCAUUAUUUCUCUCCCACCCUACUCGUGGACGUCACGCCCUCGAUGCGCAUCGCGCAAGAAGAGCUGUUUGGUCCCGUGUGUGUUUUGAUGCGAGCCACAGACGUGACGGAUGCGGUCGAGAUUGCCAAUAGUACCGAAUAUGGUCUCGGCGCCAGUGUCUUUGGACCGACGUCCUCGUCUGCAGCACGGGGCAAUCUCGCAUAUGCGGCGAAUGCGAUUCGAGCGGGUAUGGUGGCCGUGAAUGAUUUUGCAGCCUACUACGUCGUCCAACUCCCCUUUGGCGGCACACGAGGAUCCGGCUACGGCAAAUUCGCAGGCAUCGAAGGCCUCCGCAGUGUCUGCAAUGCCAAAUCCGUCUGUGUGGACAAAUGGCCCUCACUCGUCACGACAGCGAUUCCGGCCAAUUUGGAUUAUCCGAUGCGGAAAAAUGCUUGGCAUGUGUCUCGUGGGGUGGUCGAGGUGGGAUAUGGAGAGAGUUGGGGGAGGAGAUGGAUGGGGGUGAGGAAGUUGGUGGGGUUUUAAAAAGGGGAUAGAUGGUGGAUGGUGGAUGGGGAGGAGGAGGAGGAGGAGGAGGAGGAGGAGGAGGAGGAGGAGGA